AUGGGCACGUUCGUGACCCUGGCGGAGGUGCUGGAGGCCCGGGGGUCACCUCUGGAGGAGGAUGAGGUAUGGUGUCUGCUACUGGGCACCGCCGAGGCCUUAAUGGAAAUCUCUCACAAAGGUCCUGGUAACAUGUGCAGUGUACUGAGCCCUGGCUCAAUGCUGCUGUCAGCCACUGGGAACCUUGCUUUUAAGAGCUGUCCCCGGUCAGAGAACCUUGGUUCCUUCACUGCUCCAGAGGUACAGGAGGGGCACGCUGCCUCCAACAGGACGGCCUCGGAGAAGAUGAUUGUAUAUUCCCUAGGAAUGACCCUCUUCUGGUCCGUUGAUUAUCAACUACCUCAAAACCAGCCCAUUCAGCUGAGUGACGACCUGAACAACCUCUUGCUGAGUAUGUGUGAGGACACGGUCCACAGACGAGCAGAUCUUGUGACCGUGCUGGAGACCUGUGAACAGCACAUCAAGGCUGCUCAACUGCCCCCACCAGAGAAGCUCAUCAGACAGCUAGUACAAGAUGUCUUCAGGGACUCUGUUGAUCAUGUGUCCAUGGCUGAGAUUGGUCCUCAACUUACUGACCGGAGUCAGAUGGUCAGAGAGAGGCUUCACAGUCUCUCAGGAAGUGCCUCGUACCACAACUCCACCUGGGCGCUGAGAAACAGAAGCACCCCAACGUUCCAAGCUGAUGUCUUUUUAUUUUCUCCCAGAAUUCCCCAAGGGUCACGUCACCGAGAGAGUUACUGCAGCUAUCAGUCACGUAGCCCCUGUAGCCCUUACCUGGAUGGCUUUCGCCGUGGCAGCGUCAAACCUGUACUUUACACAUAUCUAAACGAGUCCACGGUCAGUCUUAAUGAAAAGAAAGCCAAGGACAUGGGUCCUGAGUUCAUUAGGAAGUUAGACGCGCCUCUGGUUGUCUUGGAGCUGCCCGGAUCCAUUGUGUCAAAGAAAGGGAAGUCUCCCUCCACUAUGAGGGAACUGAGUGUGGUCAUGCCAAACGGACAGAGCAUCCUGGUCAAGUGUGACGUCAAGUCAGGAGGAGGGGAUGUCUUUGAUAUGAUUGUCGCCCACUCCAAUCUGGUGGAACACUUCUACUUUGGCCUUGCUUACAUUGAUGAUCAUGAGUUUUUCUUCCUGGAAAAUGACACAAAGAUAUCCAAGGUCGCCCCCGACAGUUGGAAGAAAGUGCCUACCUCCACGUUUGUCCUUUUCUUCAGGGUGAAAUUCUUUGUCCACGACAUCUCUCUCCUUUUGCACAAACUGACUCGUCACCAGUACUACCUACAGCUGAGGAAGGAUAUACUGGAGGACAGGUUGGCCUGCCAUGAAGAGACAGGCCUAUAUCUGGGUGCCUUGGCUCUCCAAGCAGAGUAUGGAGACUGCAUGCCUGAGGUUUAUGGGAGGAACUACUAUCGACCAGACCAGUACGUUGCCAAGAGCGUCAUGGAAAAAAGAGCCUUGCCUUACCUAAAGGAGGAGUUACUACGGUUACAUGCCAAUAACUCCACGAUGAGUACCGACGAGUCCGAACUUGAGUUCCUAAAGGCCACCCAGCAGCUUCCUGAGUAUGGCGUUCUGUUCUACCGCGUGGGUCGCGAGAAGAAGCCAGUCAUCGGAGAGCUGAUCUUAGGAGUGUGUGCCAAAGGAGUCAUAGUGUAUGAGGUUAAAGAUGGCUCCCGCUCCACGAGUCAGACAUUCCACUGGCGGGAAACGGCCAGUAUUUCCUCCUCUCACCGUAAAUUUGUCAUCGAGAGCAGAGGGAGCAAGAAAAAGCACACCUUAGUCACAGAGAGAACCAAGACGGCCACGUACCUCUGCAACCUUUGCUCUGCCCAGCACAAGUUUCACAAUGAGAUGAACUCUCGCCAGCUCAGUCACAGUCUGGCCUCAGAGGACAGCAUAGUGCAGUAUGCGGCAGUGUGUCAAACAGCUCAGAACAGCCAUAGCCAGAUGAACAGCCAGAUGAGCCGGCGCUCUGUCUCUGAGACCAUACGGACAGACAGUGGUCCCACCACACCGCAGGACGACUCCAUGACCAAACUGUGUGAUGACAUUGCCGCCAAGAUCGAGGCGCGGAUCAAACAGCAGCGUGUCCUCCACGAGCAGGGGGACAGGAUCAAGAGUCGACGUUCCCGGAAGCCUUCCAAAGCCGUGCACCGCGAGGAAGACAUCCUAGCAACCGCCAUAGUAGCCUAUCAUUAUCAACCGAAGAGAUGGCAUACCCCAACAAAGAGUGUCAUACCAGAGAGAGAAGUCAUUUGUGUGUCCUUAAAGAGAGACCCAAAGCUCGGCGUAGGUAUUGUAAUAGUUGGAGAAGACACGGUGGGGAAGUACGACCUGGGUAUCUUCAUAGCAUCCAUCGUGCCGGGAGGACCAGCGGAUAAAGAUGGCCGCAUCAGACCAGGUGGGCGUCUGAUCUCUCUGAACCACACCAGUCUGGAGGGCAUGACCUUCAGUGAGGCUGCAGAGGUCAUGCAGAACAGCCCACGGGAGGUCGCACUCAUUGUGUCCCAGCCCAAAGUUUCCUUGACACCCAACAACGUGAGAUCUCCGCUAUUGAAGAACUACGAGUCCCAGACCACUUUGAUGACUGAUGUACACUCUGGGGAGUACGACCUGGAUGAGAUCGUGUCUGUCAUGUUGACGCCAAAGACUGGCAGUAGGCUGCAACUCCCUGACGUACGCAUCCUCAAUGCUCAGGAUGGCUGCAUCAGGGCUCCUUCCAUGAACUGCUUCAGGGGUGAUGAGAUCUCUGUGGAGCUAAAGAAGAAUGCUGGAGGAGGGUUAGGGAUCAGUAUCGCUGGUGGUGUGACCACAGACCUGCGUCAUGGCGGUGUCUUCAUCAAAAGCCUAGUCUGUGGAGGGGCUGCUGAGCAAGAUGGCCGCAUCCAGUCAGGUGACAGACUGCUGGAAGUGGAUGGCAUCAGGUUUCAAGGGUUCACACAUCAGCAGGCUGUGGAAUGUCUGGCGAAAACAGGAGAGGUGGUGACCAUGGUCUUGGAGAGGGAGAACAUGGCCCUGCCCAGGGUGUCUCCGAGCCCAGACACAGGGCGCAGUCUCCUGGGGCGCAGCCUGUCCCCUCGGAGUGCCCACUUGGACAUCACCCAGAUGAGGAACAACAGCUGCCCCGCCAUCAUCACCCCCUUCUUCGUCAGGCCCAAGGACUACAGUUUUGUGUCUGACAAUAACACUCUGGAGGUGACCUUGAAGAAGAGCCAGAAUGGCUUGGGCUUCAGCUUCCUGGUCCCUGAGCUCAACCCCUCAAAAGGAGACUCAAGCAGUAGUCUUGUCCGGAUCAAGAAGCUUUUCCCUGGCCAGCCAGCGGAGGAGAGUGGGCGGAUCCAGGAGGGAGACGUCAUCCUGGCAGUUAAUGGAGAACCGCUGAAGGGAUUGUCCUACCAGAGGGUGGUAAUGCUGCUGAGAGGCUCUCCUCCUGAAGUCCGGUUGUCUCUGUGCCGUCCUGCUCCAGGAAUUCUGCCUCCCAUUGAAACAUUGCUUAGCACCUGA